CCCAUCUGUGGAUCUAUUGGGUAAGGGAGCUGCCAGCGUGACGGGGAGUCAGGUUUCCUCCUUUACUUGGGCAAUUGCCACAAAACAUUUCGAGAAUUUCUCCGAGACGGCUGCGGAAGGAGGAUCAGUCGGUCCGGGUGGCUUCGUUCGGUGCAUUGAAAAGACAGGGCGAAACAGCCUUUGCACGCUUUUCCUUAACGCGGUCCCAGCCAGGAUAAGAGAGCUGCAUGUGAAGGGUCCUUAGGGCAUGACCUAGUUCUCGGUUUGAUUGUUCCAUGGGGAAGAUACUGCUCAAAACUAAGGCUCUGAUCCUGCAAACACCUGUGCAUCUGCUUAACUUUGAAUAUUUCUCUCAUUGUCCUUGAAGACAUUCCGGAAGCUGUAUAUUGAUCUUUCAUUUACUGCAAAGCUCUGUGGAAUCAAGUUAUGUCAACAGCUGCUUUAAUUAAUUUGGUUAGAAAUGGAGGGUAUCAAGUGAGAAGGAGAGCGCUGCUGACAUCCCGCCUCUUGCAAGACGACAAACGGUUGACUGCCGUGUGCCAGAGCUCCACCACAGAACGCAGGGCUUCCCGCUUCGAUCCAGACGGCAGUGGGCGUCCAGCCACAUGGGACACUUUUGGUAUCUGGGACAAUCGCAUUGAUGAGCCCAUACUCCUCCCACCCAGCAUAAAAUAUGGGAAGCCGAUUCCCAAAAUCAGUCUGGCCAAGGUGGGCUGCGCAAGCCAGAUUGGAAAACGGAAGGAAAAUGAGGACCGGUUUGAUUAUGCUCAGCUGACAGAUGGUGUCCUGUAUUUUGCAGUGUAUGAUGGGCAUGGCGGGGCUGCAGCAGCUGAUUUCUGUGCUAAGUACAUGGAAAAGUACAUUCAAGAAUUCCUUUCUCAGGAGAAGAAUUUGGAAACUGUGUUGACCAAAGCUUUUCUAGAAAUAGACAACGCAUUUGCGAGGCAUGCUCACUUAUCUGUUGAUGUACAGUGGAUUUUUAGGAUGAUGGAGUCCUUUAAAAAGAUGAUCUUCUUAAUUAUGGCAGAAAUUGAACAGGUCUUACAAUUCAUGCAUUCUUCAAGGAAUUGUGCAACCCUGCUGAACGCUGGGACCACUGCAACAGUGGCCCUGCUGCGAGAUGGUAUUGAACUGGUUGUGGCCAGUGUUGGGGACAGUCGUGCACUAUUGUGUCGAAAGGGAAAGGCCCUAAAACUCACCAUUGAUCAUACUCCAGAAAGGAAGGACGAGAAGGAAAGGAUAAGGAAAUGUGGUGGCUUUAUAGCGUGGAACAGUGUGGGUCAGCCCCAUGUGAAUGGUAGACUUGCAAUGACACGGAGUAUAGGAGAUUUGGAUCUUAAAAACAGUGGAGUAACAGCAGAGCCAGAAACUAAAAGGGUUCAGUUGCAUCAUGCAAGCGAUAGCUUCCUGGUCCUUACGACAGAUGGCAUUAACUUCAUGGUGAACAGUCAAGAGAUAUGUGACUUUAUUAACCAGUGCCACGAUCCCCCGGAAGCAGCCCAUGUUGUGAUUGAGCAGGCUAUACAGUAUGGUACUGAAGAUAACAGCACUGCUGUCAUAGUACCAUUUGGAGCCUGGGGAAAAUACAAAAACUCUGAGGUCAACUUCUCAUUCAGUCGCAGCUUUGCCUCGAGCGGAAGGUGGGCAUGAGGACCUGCUGGAAUCAGAUUUACUGUGCAGUAACCUGUAUGUCGCAUGCUACAGGAGAACACAUCUUGCCCAUUUAUUUUUCUCCCACUAUUGUACAAAAUAGUAAGCUUACUGCUUUCUGGGUAACAAACCCUAAUCAUGCACAUGUCUCAUUUUAAUUGAUGUUUUCAGAUUUUAGGCAGGUGUUCAUUUUACUGACUUGUUUUGUUUCCAAUCCCAGAAGAUGAUGGGUAGUCCUGUGCAGAUGGACUAGGUGCAGGGCAGUAAUCAAUACAUGUUUUGUUGUGACUGAUUUAUCCAGUUCUCUGUGAAAGAUUGCUACGCUGGAUAGACUGAGCCCUGUGCUCCCCCCGUGCACAAAACACCAGGGAGAGGAACAAACACGUAAUCAUGAGGAGACAAAAGGUGCCUGUUUUGUCUUCCACUGGGUCACAGCCACCAAAAAAUCCUUCUGCGCUUCAGAAGCAUGUGAAAAGUAGUGGCAUGGCUAGAGAGGAUUCAGGAAGAGGCUAUUCUAUGCAGCAAGCUCCUCUGACACAAUAGUGUAAGUUUAGCCCCAAAGUCCUGUCUAAAUUAAUGCUGCUAAGCAGAACAAUACCUUGACCUCUAAGCUCUGCAAGUCGAAGUAUGUGCAGGCCAGGAGCCAAACAUGCGUGGCAGCCAAGGCAGAUAUGCUGCCACUGGGGGCAGAGGAGAUUCCCUACAAUAGCCUGGAGUUUGUGAGGUCUCUGCUGUCCUAGGUCUCUGGCCAAUGUGGGAUUUGGAGGCCACAUUGCAGUCCUCUUUGUAAACCCCUGGCACAGUUUCACUGAGAGGGACAUGAAGCUGGUCUACAGGGUUGCAAAAGGCUGCGUAUUUUUCAAAUGAAGGGGCACUGUGAAUUUGAAUUCCAUUUCUUAAUGAUUUAAUUUCUAACUAUUCCAUUUUCUAGUUGAGCUCCCUGGAAACAGCGCAACAGGAAUGUUUUAAUUCUUUUAAAAAAUGAGAAAGGGCUUUUGUGCUCUCCAGAAAAGCCAGUUGCUAGUUGACUGCGUACAGGAUGCCAUCAAGUGCACAAAGUAAACUGGAAAAAGGGGAGUGUCAUGGGGCACAACACUCACCACUGAACUGGUACCUCCUCCUGGUCGCUCUGGGGAUUAGCUCAAGGAUGACAUCCCCCGUCCAUGGUUUGCACCCCGUCACUCUGUCUCACUUCUGCUGGCAGUCUUUCCAGGAACUGCCACAUCCUCUUCAGCUGCCCUCCAGCCAUGUCACUGCCUGUGUUUUCCUCUUCCAGGAGCUAGUACCUUGCAGUCUAUUCGUCCACCCAUUUCCAUCAGUGGCAAAUGUGGGGACCCAGACCCAUCUACUAUUCCAGGUCCCAACCCAGGGACCCUGUAGUUGGCAGCCACAUGCUGCCUCCCCUGACUGUUCAGCACAUUUCCCUGGGCCACUUCCUUGUUCACCUUUACUUCAGGGCCCCUGCUGCUCAGUCCCUGCAGACAGCUAGGUGCUCUCUCACUCCGGUCCCUGCCAGCAGCUGCCCUGACCAUGGUGCUAACGCCUCUUUUAGCUGCUAGGAACCCAGUCCUUACCCCUGGAGCUCCAGGCCAUGACUGCCCAAAUCUGACCCCCAGCUUCUUUUACAUGCAACCCCUGUCAGACUGGUUGCAGUCUGUACAGCCAUUCGAGGCCGCUCGGAGGCCUCCCCUCCACUGCUCCCUCCUGGGGUUAACCCCUUUCAUGGCAGUGUGAGAUAGACACCCCACCACAAGAAGAAAUACACUUUUUUUAUUUUUAACUAAUUUUUUAGCUUUUUUUAGCCUUGGGCAUUGCUUGUAGUUGCAGCACCUGCCAGAUUUUCAGACAGAAAUAUUAUUUAUUUAUUGCAAGUUGACAGCAUCUCUUUCUUUUUUCCUCUUCCAUUUUUUUUUUUAAUGUGGAAGGGGGAAUAUGGGAGUCAGUGUCAAAGUAGGCACACAGGGCCAGAUUCUGUUGACUUCUGUGAAAGGCCCCAAUUCAGGCCAGCUAAAGAUCUGUCCGAGAGCACCUAGUUCUGUUCUCACUUACUCCAUGGUAAAUCAGCUGCACAACUCUCCUGACAUCAACAGAGUUACACUAGUUAGACACCAGUGUAAGUAAAGUCAGGAAGAGUGAAAUUGGAGUUGAGUUCUCAUUAGUUUUGCCAUCAUAUUUUUCAUACUGGACCUGUUUCUGGCAAGAAAGAUUUUAAAAUGAAAUAAAUCACCUGAGGGAAAAUUCUGCUGAGCUGCCUGGUCAAACACUUAUUACAGUGUGAAUCUUAAACCUCUGUUACUUUAACCCUUCCUGUGCCCAGGCUCAAACUUGUACAGCCAUUCCAGAUGUUUCUGUUUGCAUAUAUUUAAAGAUGCAUGAGUAUCAUUUAGGCAACUAUGCUUAAUAUUGUACUGAAGUGCUUUGCAUACAGAUAGUGUCCUGCUUGUCUCAUUAUGCAGUGUAUUAUAUGGUGUAAAUAAUAUUUAUAUUGCUUUUAUAAGUAAAGAGUUUGUGAAACAAUAUUUGUAAAUAUAUAUAUAUAUGCAUAUAAUAUCCAAUGCUAUUGCAUAGCUCACUGGAAUGGGUGUAUAUUAGUGUUUUACAAUUAUAAUCCCUCCCUUCCCCCAGCUCCCAUUGCUGAGGGUUUGGAGUAAGAUUUUUGCUUUGGGUUGCGGGUUUGUGUCCGAAGUCCUGGGCCCAGCCCUGCUUCCCCUGAGUUGCCAGUAGUGGGAGUAAGAACAGGUUCUCAGUCUGGAACAAAUUGAUUCCCCAAUAAACGUGGGUUGGGUCUGUAUUUGAUGUUGACAAAACACUUCUUCCCUUGAGCAUUUAGAGUGAACUGGCCGCGCUGAAGUCAGUGGGAGUUUUGUCAUUGCCUUCAGUGGGGCUGUCUUUCCAUUCUGUGUCUCUUUGUGCACUUCUGGGACUCAACGGUUUAUUUCAGAACUUUAAAUGUGUAGGCCUGAGAGCAAGGCUUUCGAAGUGGCUAUUGCAUGUAUAGAGAAACUAACCACAGGACUCCUGCUGAAGACGUUUGUUGAGUAUACUAGAUCCAUAAUACACAGAUAGGCCACAUCUUUCUAUGGGUGCUACAAUAGCCUCCACUCACAGUGUACGUUCUGAGUGCUGCUUUGUGAAUGCAUGCCACUGAUAAUAAAGUGAGAAGAGAAGAAAGUGCUGCAGUGUGCAGUACUACUAGCCUUUCUCCUGCGACAACUGCAGCCUUGGUAACGAUACAAAUCUGAUGAUUUCCACUUAAUCCCUAGUGAAUGUUUAACCACAUGACAGAACCAUCCUUGCCUUGGUACAAGUAGCAGUUUGUUUUCAGGAGAGGCAUGGGAGUGGAGUAGCUGGGGUGGUGGCGCAGGCAACAAAUGAGAGAUGUGCAUUAGCAGAACUGUUUGGGAAGAGUUUUGCAGAAGGUCCAUUGACAUUUUGCCUCACUCCAGCUGGAGUCCCUCCCUUUCGUGUGGUCCAUUUCCCAUGUAUCCAGUCUGAAGGCACCUUAGACGUAGGCUUUUAGUAGCAGAUGUUUGAUUUAUUUAGUUCCGGUUUUUGUUAGGUUUCUAAUGUGCUCAAAUUGGAGUAGUGUUUGCCACUUUCUGAGCUGAACCCGUCUAUCGAAUGGCUGGUGAGUUAUGAAUAAUACCGUACCUGGAGCGUCUGUGCGACAGUUAAUAGGCGAGUAACUCAAAGAGUAGCUUGAAGAUGGGGUUUAAGUAUGACCCCUAACAAUGUUUCAAGUGGAAUGUGAGUUUAGGUUCCUUAGGGUUUUGCUACAUCAUUAUCCUAUAGCCUGUCACCUAGUUUUUUAGUGAAUUGGAGAUUGUUGAGUCUGUUGUCAGGCUGUCCUCUCAGAGAAAGAAUUAAUAAUUUCUUACCAUGUUAGGAAGGAAAUAGCCAAGAAGGGGAUAUGAAAAAGCUCUACAGAAUGUGUGGUGUAGAGGCGCUUAGAGCCUGUCAGAGGGAAGGAAGACGUGCAUUCUGAUAGUGUAUAGGGAUCAAAUUAACAGUCUCCUUCUAGCUUUUAGCCAGCUAUCUGCUUAUGUGGAAUAUCAAGGUGUCCAAGUCAAACUCAGGUGUUUCUCUACAUCCAAGACGCGUUUUAAAACAAUACAUUCUAGUCUGUCAGCCUCCUGCUGUCUCUGGCAGCUCCUAACACGUACACAGAGAAACUGGUCUUAAGCCCUCAGGGACCAGCAAAAAUCUGUGGCCUAAUAGAAGAGAUCUUUUAAAAUGUAGGAACAAAAUUGGUCUGAAAAAUCUGUGCCACUGUAGUUACAGUGGCCUUUUAUAACAGCAGUUGCCUAUUGUAAGAGGCUUUUAGUGCAGCACUAACUAUAUAUACGCAAUCGUUUUGUGAACUGAAUUAAAUGGAAUCUCUGUUUUUUUUACCUCAUAUGCAUCUAUUAUAUCAAUGGACAGGAGGUUGCUUUUGUAUGACAAGCUAAACUGUAUCUUGGAGGUGAACAGCAAAGCAGAGGAUUGUUUUGCUCUUCACUGGUUGUCCGGGCCCAAUUUUGAUGCAGGUAUGCAUGUUAAAUAGGGCUGAAAGCAAUUUCAGUGGAAUAGGGUACUACUCCUUGCGACUAAGUGUAUCACAAUCUAGCCCUUAGGAUGCAGAAAGACUGUUUCAGUAUUUUAAAAACUAUACACAUAGCAAUUUAUUUUUACUAUGAAGAUUAGGAGAGUUCCGUUUGCCUCACUCUUCUCUCUUUGCUGGAUGACCUUGGCAAGAUCUUUGGAGAAGCUGAGUAGUGAAGUCACAAGAGUAAUCCAAGCUACUGUUCUUUCUCCUCCAACUAAGUGGAGAAUGAAAUGCUGAUUCUUAGCUAGGGAUGUGGUGAAUUCUCCCUCACUUGCAGUAUUUAAAUCAUGUCUGAGGAUCUUUCUAAAAGAGAAUGCUCUGGCUCACACAGAAGUUAUGAGCUUGAUGCAGAGGUUGGGUGAAGUUCCAUGGCCUGUGAAAUACAGGUCGGACUAGUUGAUCGUAACGAUCCCUUCUGACCUUAAAAUGUAUGAAUCUGUGAAUAAUCAUGGAGUCAAAUUUGUGGUCAAAGUAAUGGUGGUGGGGGAAACAAAGUACUGAGGUUGCUGCUUAUUAUGUGUUUGGGGAAAAUGAAUUCUGGAUGAAAUCCUAGCCCUACUGAAAUCAAUGGCAAAACUCCCACUCACUUCAGUAGGGUCAGGAUUCCACCCUCUGUCUUUCGGUAGAUGGAAAGCUAUAAUUAAAGGCUUUUGACUUUUCCAGUUAAUACAGAACUAGAAAACAAUUUAUAUCAAUGAAAUGGAAUAAUGAAGAUUAGUUCUUCAUCUUUGACAAACUGUCACCGAUAGUUAGAUAAAUAGGUCAUUUAUCCAACUAGCUGAAUGUACUGUAUAUCCACUGUACAAGUGUGUUCCUUGCUGCUGAAGCUGCUAUGCCUCAGCACAGAGGCAGCUACAAGGUUUCCUCUUUACCUUAUGUUUUCAGUGUGGCAACUUUGCAUGUCAUGACUCUAUAAAUGCAAAAGUACAAUUGUGUAAACUUGUUACAUAGUUUACCUUGGGGCUACUUAGAUUUUCCAUGGUUCGAUGUACAUAUUUGGUGUAAUCAAAAUCCAUAAUUCAUCUACUACUUAAUUUGAAAUGAAUGUUCUGUUUUUUAACGUGUUUUUAACGAAGUAGCCGUACAAUGUGAACGGGCUAAAUAUGAAUGCUUAAAGGAUCUUUUAAUAAAGUUUUUGCGUCAA